AUGAAGGAAGAAAAAAAAAAAACAUUAUUCACUGAACUUAACCUAGAUGAACCUAUAAUAUUUUCUCUUUUUAUUCAAAAAUAUAUUUUUUGCGCUAAUAUUCAAAAAAAAACUAUACCACACCUAUUAAAAAAAAAAAAUAUUCUUUUACAUUCAGAAACAGGAAGUGGAAAAACAUUAUGUUUUGUUAUUCCUUUAUUACAACAUUUAAUAAGUUACAAAAAAAUAAGUUUAACAAAUUUUGCAUUUAAUAAAAAUAAUGAAGAAUCAUUUUUAUACAAUCAAGAUAGCAUUAAAAAUAUAUACGACUUCUUUGAAAAUGUUGAUGUUGAAAAAUGUAAUUCUACUAUUAAUUUAGAUAUAAGCAAAUUUAUAUACUAUAAUAAAAAUAUUUUAGAAAAUAAUAAUUUAUGUAUAAUAAAUAAAAAUAAGGAUAAUGAACAAGUAGAUUCUAUAAACAGAAAAAAUGAACUUUUAAGAAGCAUUGAUAAUAAAUGCUUAAAGAAAGAUAUAAAAAAUAAAAUAAUCUGUAAAUUCUAUAGAAAAAAAAAAAAUGAAAUAAUUAAUGUUUAUGGAAUUAUAAUAACACCUACUAGAGAGUUAUGCAUACAAAUUUAUAAUUUAAUAAAUAAAUUUUUAUUUUUUAUAAGAUUAUAUUUUUGUCACAAAUGUAACAUAGAAUUCAAAACAUUAAAUAAAGACAAUUUUUUCUUGAAUUCUCUAUUAUUUAGAGGAGCAGUUAAAAUUAAGGAAGAUUUAAAAAUUAUAAGAAAUGAGAAAAAAAAAAAAAAUAGAUAUCAAAUUAUUAUUUCAACACCAGGAAAAUUAUCAGUUUUAUUAAAUAAAUAUAAGAAAUAUUUUAAUACAAAUCAAUUAAAAUAUUUAGUAUUAGAUGAAGGGGAUAAGUUACUAGAGGAAAGUUAUAUAAAUCAUAUAAAAGAUAUAAUAAAAAGUAUUUUUAUUAGUGAUUACUCCACCUGUAUAUGUAGUGCUACGUGUUUAAAUGAAGAGAAGUUUUAUAGCUUAUUUUUACAUAAAAAAAAAAAUUUUAUUAAGUGCAUUAAUAAAAAUGAUAUAGUAAUAGAUCAUUUUCAACUACCAGAAAAGAUAGAAAAUUAUUAUAUUGUUUUAAGAAAUAUAGAUAAAAGUUUUUUUCUUUUUAAAUUUUUAAACACAGUUGUAAAUGAUAAGGAAACAGUUAUAGUAUUUUUUUCUACGUGCUUCUGUGUCGAGUAUUUUUUUCAUAUAUUUAAAAAUGUUUUUAAUACAGAAAGAAAAAAUAAAGAUACAAAUUAUCUGAAAAUUUUACAACUUAACAGUAAAUAUAAAAUAUAUGAUGAAAAUGAGAUUAUUCUAUAUUUAAAAAUGAUAUCCUAUAUUAAAAAAUAUAUAGGAAAUAAAAAAUUCGUAUUUUUAAAAAUUCACAGAAAAAUGAAAGACAAAAAAAGAAUUAGCGCAUAUAAAAAAAUAACAGACACAAAAAGUAAUAAAAGAAAAAUAAUUUUUUGUACAGAUGUUAUGAGUAGAGGAAUUAAUAUCGAUGUUCAUUGGGUAGUAAAUUAUGAUGUCCCUAAUAAAAAUAUCACGUACGUUCAUAGGAGUGGAAGAACUGGAAGAUUUAACAAAAAUGGGAAAAAUAUAAUUCUUUUAAAUAAAAAAGAAAAAGAAUAUAUAUUUUUUUUAAGAAAUAAAAAUGUACAUAUUACAAAUUUUGAAAAAACGGUGAUGUAUAUAAAUAUGAUGAAUUAUGAAAAAAUUUUAAUGAAAAAUGAAAAUAACAUGAAUGAAGAUGCAUUGAAAAUAAUUAAAAAAAAAAAAAAAGUUAUAUCAAAUAAAAUUUCUUUUUUUAAAUUUUAUAAAAAUUAUUAUAGUGAAACGGAGAAAGAAAAGGACAAAGGAUAUUUAAAUAAGAAACAGACUGCUCAUAAAAAAGAGAACAUUAUUUUAUUAAAUAAUAUGAUUAUGUUAUUCUUAAAAUAUUUAAUUUUUUUUGUUAUUGAAUAUAGAGAAAUAUUCUUACUUUCAACAAAAGCCUUUUUAUCAUAUAUAGAAUUCUACAAAAAUCAUCAAUUAAACUUCCUUUUAUCUUUUAAUAAACUAAAUUUAGCACAUUUAUGUUACGCAUUUGCACUAGUUAAAAUACCAAAAUUCAAGGAAAAAUAUAAAAUUAAAAAUUUCAAAAAAAUAAAUAUUAAUACUUUUGAAAUACCAUACAAAAAUGAAGAAAAAGAAAAAAAAAGACAAGAUGAUAUGAAAAAUAAAGAAAACAUGAAAAAAAAACAAAUUUCUACUAUUCAAAAAAAAGGAGAAAAUAAUGAUAAAAAAGAAAAACAGAAGAAAAAAAGAAAAACAAUUGUUCAAAAAAAACAUGAAAAAAGAGAAAUGGAAGAAAAUGAAAUUGAUUCAUUGUUUUUUGAAGAAAGGUUAUAUAAGAAGUUAAAAAAAAAAAAAAUAACGGAGGAUGAAUAUGAUAGAUUAUUGAAUAUGGACAAACUAGAUAAAAUUUUUUCAUCUAAUAUAAACACAUCAAAAAAUAUGACUAUUCAAAAUAAAAAUAUUUUAAAUACCAAUAGGAAAAAAAAUAAAAAAAAACAAAAAGUUUAUAAUUUGAAAAUAAAAAAAAGAAGUAAAAAUAAAAGAAGAUAA